GACGACGACAAUUCCACCACCGGGUUCAGGCACACAGCCGCCUCGGAUCUCUGCUUCUCUUCUCUCCUGCAUCCUCAUUACCAUCACGCUUGUCCUUCUUUGUCUCUUUCUCAUCUAUUCUCGCUCUAGGCACCAUCAACAGCGGCGACGACGCCCCGAACGAGCAUUUGAAGUUCAUUGCUGCUCUAGCCGCCGCCUCCGCCGCCAACAUCAACUUGCGGCCAAUUGUCAGCGAUCCGCGAUCGGCUCAGCCCCUUUUAUUUUCUAGUACUUCGCAACGCAACCUUCUCUCACGGCCUGGCCUGCCAAAGGUCUUCUUUGCUGCCUCACAACACAUCCAUGCAAUAGGCUCAUUCGAACCGAUCGCACUCGCACCUCCUGUCGUCGUCUCAGCAGCAUGGCGUCGGCGGACGGUGCAGCGAGCAGUAGCGGCUACAUGCCUGCCGCGCCCUCGCCUUCAGCACCACGGCGUCGAUCGAGGCGCUCACGAGCGGUCGUCAUCGCUCUCAUCGCUCUCGCCCUCUCGACAAGCGGCGUGGAUGCCACGGAUCUGCGGUACAAUACCCAUCGCCCUUCAACGUCGUCUCUCGCUGCGAUUCCCUUUUCACCGCGGCGGCGCGACUCCCACUUCCCGCCUCCUGCCCAUGCGCUGGGAGGCAAGAGGCCACCAGCGCAGCCUACAACGGAUCCCAUCUACUUUUCAUCCUCGCACUCUUUGAUACCCACGAAGGAGCAAGACAAGGUGGGAAAGGGGUCGAUAGCCGGCGGCAAUAACGGCAAUGGUAGUGGCCAGGGGCCGAGCAAGGGCAAAGGCAAAGAGCAGCAACAGAUUCCACCGCCAGACGCCUUUCCAUACCUGACAGACAUCGGACUGCGGCACAAAGUUCCGUUCAAGUCGGGCAUGCCCCAGGCCGGCAGCUCGUGGAACGAUGCCGGGCUGCGGCCUAAUGUUGAUCCGAACAUGCCCAGCGAGCGUCGGCCAGAGAGGAAGUCGACGCGAAAGACCGGGGCCGCGAAGAGUAGCGACCAUGGAGGCUUCCGCGACGAUACGCAAGCGUCCCCACCCUCCUCUGCCUCAGGUGGCGAGGACGACGAGGCUGGCCACUCACAUUCGGAUCGCUGGACGCUCAAGGCGGAAGACCCCACACAUUCUUCGUCAAGCGACGCAGAAGCAGUCGCUCUCGCCGAAGAGUGGUCGCAGCAACCAUCACCUCCGCCACCGCCAGGCACAGACCCAUCCUCCUUAGCUGCCCAACCUGCCCUACUUCGGCUGAGCAGCCAGCUCCUAUCCUCCUCCAAGCAGGUCUGGAAAUGGAUCGCCUCUGCUUCCAAAAAUGAUCACGAUGGCAUAGCGCUCACGAUGCUCAAGCCAAAAGUGCAUCGCCCCUACAUCUCACGCCUGCCACUGAUCCCAAACGACUCCAAGCGGGACUUGGUCGCCACAAUUGUGGGGAGUCUGGUCCUCUUUACGAUUCUGGCCAUGCUGUGGAACUCGCGCGUGUCGGAGGAGGAGUUUGUGCGGGUAAAGAGGAUAAAAGAGUUCGGAAAUGCGAGCAGGAGCCCUGAGAUGUUGGCUACCUUGUUUGAGGGUGGAGAGGGGGAGGAGGACGGGGGCUACAGACGCGGCGAAGGAGCUGCGUCGGUUGCGUACUCGAGCUCGGCGGCGGGAAGAAGACGGAGGAGGGCUGCGACUGCUGGUGGGGGACGACGAGACCCGGAUGGCAGUGGAGAUGAGAGCGAUAGUGAUGCGACGCUUCUAGCUGGGACAAUAGCGCCGAGUAGACGGCCGAAGCCCAUGAGCAGAUCCAGCGCCGAGGCCAUCGCGAAGAGAAAUCGAGGCAGCGCAGGUUGGCUGGGAGGCUGGCUUGGCGGAUGGGGUUCAUCACAGCAGCAACGACGACGUGCGACUCGCAGCGAUGGGGCCAUCGCCCUCCCACUUCUUGCACGCAGCAGUAGCGGUGACGCGAGUGGAAGUAGCUGCGCCUCCACGCCGCGCCCACCUCACUUCAUCUUCGAGGAUCGCGACUUCGAAACACAAGGCGGAAUUGCCUCCGCCUCCGCUUCUGUCACUCCGACGGGGCGUCGCUGGGGACUUCCGACGCCUUCGUCUUUGCAGUCAGCGCUGGCUGCUGCAGCUUCCGCCGCCUCGGGGGCCGUCCCGUCUACACCGACGUCGACGCUCCCCUCGACUUCUUCCUCCCUGGCAUCGACUCCGAGCACAAAUGCAGGCGCUAGCGAUUCAGGGUUCCUCGGCAAGACGUCCCGCCCUUUUCGCUCCCUGACUCCGCAGCCUCCACAAACGCAACGGCAGCGCGAGCGUGAACGUUCGAGGGAGCGAAGGAAGCAACGCCAACAACAGAGCGGGAGCGACGAAGCUGCAGCAGCAAUGGCGAACCUCAGCGACCUCGAGGAUGGCAAAGCGCCCAGCGCAACGGCGCACAGGUGGGGCAAUAUCAUCGACGAAGAUGGCGUGCCACUGCGCAGUGCCAGUGCGAACUCGCAUCGAAGCUGGGCUUCCUCCCUCAGGCCGUGGGGUGCUGUGGCGAGUGGAAGUGGGAGCACGAGCAGCAGCUUGGAUGGGUUACCGUCCUUAUCGAGCCUCACGCCGGACGAGCCGCUCAAGAGGCCGGGCUACCGCUGGGCCCCCUCCUCGUCGUCAACCAGCGAGAUACAGCAGACUGGCGCGACGAGCGGCGCUACUGGCGGAGGCGCACAGCUCGAGUCGGUGAUUGCUGUACCUCCCCCCGGCGGCGAGUGGCAGCAUACCAACGGCGAUGGAGCAGCAUCGGCGGCUCGGUGGAAAGGGAAGGGAAGGGAUGUGUGAAAGCGGCAGAGGCCGUUACUCUCACGUCGCUGUACAUAGCGCAUACUCCACUCUCUUCACCUAUCCGCUGUACAUAGCUUGUACAUAGCCGCCAUCUGGCCUUUUCUCUUUGACCUUUCUUGAGGCAGCACCUCUUCGCAGUAGCAGCAGCUUCUUGUUGAUGAUAUCACCAUCUAUUUAGCACAGCGCGUUCGAGAGUGGCGAAAUCGCUUGUCUCUGGCGGCCGGAAGACCUCUUGUCAGGGC